AUGCGAGCUAUCCUACCGGGCCGACCCCAGUCGAAGCGACAAGCUUUGAGCACUGCAUAUUGGGAUGGCCUUCGUCUUGUUGCAUACAUCUCGGGCAAUGCGGCAGUCAUCCUCAGCGGUCCGCAGACCAUUCUCCAAACCAUCUACGUCGAUACCGUCGACUCUCUCAUUGCGAUAACAUUCGAAGAGACCACUGGCCGGAUAGCUCUCUGUGACGAAAGACAUGUCUACAUCUACAGGCCGGUGGGUCGGGACGAAGGAGUGGUCAGAUGGGUGCUACACCACGAAUUGAGGAAUCCCAGCGGACUGGAGGUGUCUUCACUGUCCUGGGGAUCUGCUGAAGAGUUGUUGCUGGGGGGUUCACGACUGGUGCUUUGGUUCAUUCCUCAUACCACAUCACCAACGAUUGCUUGGGACCAGAGCCUAGCCUACCCUACAGCACUCGCAUAUCUAUCACCGGACAGCAGCCUCAUCGCUUCCAUUGGACACCACGACAGACUGGUCAAGAUCUGGAGGAGACUGUCCUACGAGGUUGGCCGCGCCAAAUUCGAUGUCUCAUACCUCCCACAUCCCGACGCAGUCACGAACUUGCAUUGGCGGAAGCCAUGGCACCUGGAACAGAACCUAGACAAUCUGCUCUAUACGUUCUGCUCCGACAACUCUAUCCGAGUGUGGACGUGCUUCGAUCCCCACUCCUUGUCGGUCCUCCAACAAGUCGGGAUCAUCGACAUGAAUGCUUCGAUCCAGCCUCGACGGUUAAGCGUUAGUUCGAUGAGCACGAGACGAUUCGCCUUCAUUAUGGAUAGCCGUGACUUUUCCAUCGCGACAGAGAAAGCUGUGCAGGGGUCGACCCCUAAAGCUGCCGACCAUGCGCUUGAACACCUCAUCGAGAUAGCUAACCGGAGUCCUGAGAUCUGCAUCGUUCUCGAUGGUCUGGGGCACAUGUCGGUAUGGGGACUGGAGAAUGCUGGAUACAAGAACAAAAUCCCUCCGUCUGUGUUUCACAUCUCCCAUGUGGACGGAAUGAAUAUCCUCGUCCCACAGCUGAGCGAUCCCCUCGAGGACUAUGUCCAGUUUUGCAUCUUCGCGGGCGGUGUCACGCGCUCGUCCCUGUCCAUUCUUCUGCAUUCAUUCGCCGGUGACAUUGACUGGUACGACAGUCCCAUCACCCAUCUUUUCGAUACAGCCCUCAGACGAGACCGUACUCAUCUGAUCUCAACCCUGGCCGGACACGGAGCCCCUAUAAAGCGAGUUGUGCGUGACGUCCGGGGCACUAUCGUCCUGUCCGCAACCGAGGAGUGCAACGCCAGUAUAUGGCAACACGAAUCGAGUCACUCCACUGCUCCAAUCCUCCGGCGGUGCUCGUUCACGGUCGACCACGAUAUCAAAGACGGCCUCAUUCUCUCGCGUGGACGAUAUGCAGCAAUCCUAACAUCAAAUGGUCUGGAGCUGUGGGAUAUUCGAGAAGCGAAGGCCAAAAGGCUCGGCAUCCGAAGCUUUGACGGUCAUCGUGUCCCAGUUUGUAUAACUCAGAGUCGAGUCGCUAGCGAACGGGCGUUGACAAGUCGUGUGAUUGUGGGAUAUUAUCCCGACCACGCCGCCGAAGCCUGGGAAUUACUCCUCCCAGCAAAAGAUGACAGAGGUCCGACCACGAAGCACGCGCAUCUAGAGAUCAUACGCUCUCUCGGCAAGGUAGAGUUACACGUGCAGAAUCGGUUCCACUCUUUACUAUCUGUUUGUGAUAACAUGAGCACAAUUGACCGCCCCACCGAUACCCGUGAAAUCGAGGCACUGGGAUUCACUGCAGUGUUGGCCAAAGAGGGCAGUUUAGAAAUGGUCAAGUCGCGAGAGCAAACCGACUCGGCCAAGCCGUUCUUGACCUCGGGCGCGGUUUUCCAAACCAACAUUCGAGCUCCCAAGGCCAUUAGUGCAAGCGGACAUGGCAAGGUCGUGGUUGUCAAUGAUAAUGCUAGUAGCAUGAGCAUUUGGGACGCCAAAACAGGGGCCUGGGAGUAUGAGCACGAAUUGGAUGGAACCGACACCAUACAAACUUUUGCUUGGGCUAUGUCACCAGAUGGAGCUGCGCUGGUCGCACUAUGCUUUUCUUAUCAUAUUGUGGUUCUAUCCCAGAUCCGAUACGCAUAUCCGAAACUCGAGGGUGCCUGGGUCGAUGUUCGUCAUAUUAGGAUGAGAGAUUACACCACUCAAUCUAUCGGAGAUCUAUGUUGGCUUCGAAGUGGUGAUCUUGUGGUUGGAACUGGCAUCCAGCUGUUCAUCUUUGAAGGGUUCGCCAUCAGCAGUCAUAACCAAGACUCCAGACAGUUACAAGAUGUGCGCAGAAGGAUCCGAUGCGACUCGACCUUCGCAGUCAUGUCGAUGCUCAACUCGCUACUUCCCGUGUUCCAUCCGACGUUUCUGUCCUUGUUGACAUGGCUGAAAGGACUUACAGCGACGAAACAUGUCCUACACCGACUACACCGUAGCUUGAAGUUUUUCACCGAAGGCGAUCUGCUGCCCAGCUUCCUUGACAUGUACAUUGAGACACUCCUGGUCGACGACCAAAAAGAUCUGGCCAAGUGGGAUUCGCUGUACACCAACGGGGAUCAGAACGGCGACUCUGAGCUUCAGAUUGCGCAAAUCGCCAAGGGCCUGGUCGAGAAUCUGCACAGAAACCCGUUGUGGCAACUUAGUAGUGAAGAGACUUCCCAGCUGACAAGGUUGAUCAAAGAAUGUUCGGAACUGGAAAAGGAAGAGCACUCAGUUGAUGUCAAUGGGCGUCGCUACCUGCAAGCCCUGUAUGCAUCCAAUAAGCAGUUCGUGCCUUGGAAGGCCAUCGCCUUUGCGGCAACGAGCAGGUCUCAGGAAGUCCUGGUUGAGGCAGUGACCCGGUACUACGGCGGGAAACUCACAUGGGAUGCUGCACGGAAGUCGGGUCUCUUCAGUUGGCUGUCCGACGUUGAAGCUCUUCGGUUGCAAAUGGAAGCCAUCGGUCGGACCGAAUUCACCAAGCACGAGGAGCGGAAUCCGGUGGAUUGUGCGCUCUAUUAUUUCGCACUUGGAAAGAAGUCGGUGGUCCAAGGUCUGUGGCGGAUGACCAUCGGGGUGCGUGAAAAAGAGAACACGAUGAAAUUUCUUGCCAACAACUUCAACGAGCCGAGAUGGAAGGCGGCCGCUCUGAAAAACGCCUACGCGCUGCUCAGCAAACGGCGCUUUCAAUAUGCUGCCGCGUUUUUCUUGCUGGCAGGCAGCCUUUGGGACGCCAUCGCCGUUUGUCUUCACCAGGUGCAGGAUCUACAACUCGCCAUCGCCAUUGCACGGGUGUUCGAAACCAAGCAGGCUUCAUCAGACAUGGUGAGGAUGGUGGACGAAGCAAUCCUACCUCUGGCAGUGGAAAGUGAAGAGGGUCGAUGGAUGGCCAGCUGGGCCUAUUCUCUCGUUGGGCGGCCAGAACAAGCCAUCCGAGCUCUUGUGCGACCCGUGCAUGAAGUGGUGGGUAUGUCGCUGGAAAAGAUUGAGGGCAUGGUCGGAUCGCUUAGCUACACGGCCAACGACCCUGUCUUGACGGCACUGUACACCCAACUGCGAGCCGAACUGGUGAAGCAGAACAAAUGGUGUAAUGUUGUCGGCGCCAAAGAGGAAUGGGACUUCGUCAUGCGGUGCGUUCGACAGUAUCUCCGAAUGGGCUGCGAUGUCCUCGCAUUGUCACUGGUGCACGAUUGGGAAUUCGUGCCCGAGAGCAAAGACCUGGCCGAUCCGGGGCCGGAUGCAGGCGCAGCGCUCAGAGGGAUCCAGAGAAGGAAGACCUUUAUCGAUCUAGAGGAGGAAGAGCAGGAAGAGAUGCGGCCCAAGGUGCAGCCGGAGAAGAAGAAACCGCCACCUACGCAGUUCGUCGAGCCCAGCGCAGACAGUCUCCUUGACAGUUUUGGAUUUUGA